ACCGUUUCGGCCGGAUAUAUCGUUGUACCUCGAACGUAUAUGCAUCUCUUGCCCACAAUCACAAGGCCAUCCACGACACGCGCGCCCAGCUGCGAAUCGGACCAAAUCCAGAGCUAGCUCGUGCGCGUGUACGUGCCCUGUUACUGUCUAGGCCACUGCCUCACCCAGUCACCCAUGCCUCAGCUCCGCGCCCUCGUCGCCAUCACGCUACUCCUCCACCUCCACGCCGCACCGACGGCCGUCGCGCAGGCCGCGACGGGCGCGUUCAUCUACGCCGGGUGCUCGCCGUCCAAGUACGAGCGCGACACCGCCUUCCAGAGCAACCUCGACUCCCUCCUCGCCUCCAUCGCCUCCACCGCGUCCUCCGGCGCCACCUACAACAGCUUCACCGCCGGCGGCGGCGUCGGCCAGGCGGAGGCGGCCCGCACGGCCGCGUACGGCCUGUACCAGUGCCGCGGCGACCUGAGCCGCGGCGAGUGCGUGUCGUGCGUGCGGGAGACGGUGGCGCGCCUCGGCGCCGUGUGCGCCAACUCGUACGCCGCGUCGCUGCAGGUGGACGGCUGCUACGUGCGGUACGACGCCAGCGACUUCGUCGGCCGGGCCGACAACACCGUCGCGUACCGCAAGUGCAGCUCCGGCAGCAGCGAGGACGCCGGGUUCCUCAAGAGCCGCGACGCCGUGCUCAGGGAGCUGCAGGCGCGGGCCGCGACGGGGUACAAGCUGACCGGCUCCGGCACGGUGCAGGGGGUGGCCCAGUGCCUCGGCGACAUCGCGGCGCCGGACUGCACCGCGUGCCUGGCGCAGGCGGUGGUGCAGCUCAAGGGCACGUGCGGCUCCGCGCUGGCCGCCGACGUCUACCUGGAGCAGUGUUACGUCAAGUACUGGCAAAAUGGACACGAUUUCCGCUCUUCACAGGAUUAUUCUGGUGACGAAUUUGGACGGACCGUGGCUAUAAUAAUAGGUAUCUUGGCCGGGCUAGCACUCCUGGUGGUGUUCAUCUCUUUCCUCGCCAAAGCAUGCUAGAAAUGGAAGUUUCUGCCCAUACGGCCCAGGAUAUCCCCAGGUAGCGGCGCAUUAGAGACAGAGGUCCAAGGAAAAAACCAAGCGAAAGGACGUGAUUCUGGCUGCAGUCGCGCUUGCAUGACUUCGCUGAUCUUCAAGGUGUCUUAGAAGCACUGCCUGUAUGCAGUGCCUCAGUUUUUUCUACUACGGAGUAGUAUUAUUCUCAGAGGAAAGGCUGCUCUGAAUAAUAAUAGUAAAAGAUAAGAAAGAAAGGUCUGCUCAUGAAAGCAUCAUUUGGUUGCAUAGCAUUGCAACUUGCAAGGACAUUCC